AUGGAGGCGGAGGAGGUUCUGGAAGAGCCGAAAGGGUGUGGAGGGAUACAGGGCGGAGGCGGUUUGACGGCAAAGAUCAUCUUUACGGAAGAAAAGCAGAGCUUUGUCGGCAUCCAGUCUUUGUUUUCCACGGCUCAGCCCCCACCGUCCUAUGAUCAGGUGAUCCAAGAAAAGACCCGAGAGGAGCACAUUGUUCGGCCUACGGCGGCCCCCCGACGUUCUGCGUCUUGCACCGCCAACGCCUACUCCACACAGACCGACCCUGCCAAGGAGCAAUCAGCCGGUCCUAAGCCACAAAAACCACCGAGAACAUCCUUGUCCAGACCUGAACAUCUGUCUGAAAACGAUCCACCCAAGUCACAAGAAAGAGUUCAGAGCACCAGAUCAGUGACGGUCCACUUGGAGGAGACCGCGCAACCUCAACCAACUUCUGUUUCGGCCUCACAAGCCAAACCUGUUCCGCUUCCACGCAUGAAACCCAGAAAACAAACGCAAGAUAACGUUGAAUCUUUGAUCCGAUUUGAAGACGAUGACAUCCCCUCCAACUCUAUAAACAGCUCCUCCAAUGAGUAUCUGAAAGAGCUGCUGGGGGCUUUCGAUUCUAGCGGAGACCGGGGAUAUCAAGAAGAACGAGUUCUUGGCGAGAUGUACGCCAGCGUCAAUAAGCGAAACAGCCACGCUCAUAUCCAGUCCUUCGAGAUUCAGACCGCCCCCGAGGACUGGAGCGGCGUAGAACCCAUUAAACCGCUCCCUAUCCCCAGAAAACCCCCGAAACCCCUGCCGCCUACCAGAUCGAUGUCGUUUCAGGAUGGUCAAAAUGUGUCGAACCAGGAUCUGACGCCGAUUUUCACACCUCAGACACAGCCGAAAUCUGCGGCAAAACCGUUGCGAGACGAACUUGAGACCCUGCUCUCAAAGGGCGGACCCCCGCUCCGGACGCGCCCGGUUCUGACAAGGGGGAACAGCGUCCGCGUUGAGGAGCCUCCCUUGCCGCCGAGACCUCCGGCCAAGCCCCCCAAGGAACCCUUGAAAGCAAACCUGAACGUCAACAACCACAACUCAACUGCAGUUCUCGAAGAAGACAUAUAUACCUGCCCUGCGCCAAAUCCACCACAUGUCAUGGCUAAACCCCCCGUAAGAAGGAGGCCCACCACCAUCAGAGUGCCCAGUCAAAUCGCCACAGAAAGUCUCCAAGGAAAGGCGCCGCCCCCUCUUCCCGCUCGGAAUCCCGUCGGUCUGGCGAACGCGGCGAGACUCACGAAGCAAAAGGCUUUACCUAGCAUCCCGACAGAGACGACGUCAAGCAACAGACCUCUUCCGGCGCUGCCGAAUCAGCAGAAAAGUACGGUGCCACCCAAGCCCGGGCCGGGACGACCACCGGCGCCCAAGCUCGGGCCGGGACGACCGCCGCCGCCCAAACCCACUAAAGGGUUCGUCCUGCCGCCCAGACCGGUCCAAGGCCACCAGCUCUACGACAAAUACAACGUUCCACACGAGACCGUUGCCUCAGACUUGAACAGAAACCGCAGUGACGAACUGACAUUUCAGGCUGAAAGUCCCGCUGGCAGGCAGGAAAAUGGACUCACGGUUCAAGCCACACAUGAUUUCACUCCAGAGGGUCCGGGAGAACUGGGCUUGAAGUCCGGUGAUGUCAUCAAGGCGGUGGAGCGCGUGGACGGCGAAUGGUACCGGGGCACUUGUAAAGGAUCCACCGGUUACUUCCCAGUUAACUUUGUCAAAGUGCUACCGGGCGUACCGCCAAAACCUGUUCCGGAGAAGAGACCAAAACCGCUUCCAACUAAAUUCAUCGGUCCCAAAUCCUUUGAGUUGGACAGCGAGAGCGCCGAAGUGUCGCCGUGGGCGAUGGGCGACGGCAGCCGAAUUUUCCCCGACAAUCCACCGUCCGCACAACAGAAAAGUCGGACGCCUUCCACCAGGGUCGCGUUGCCAGGCAUGGCCAAAUGUUCCGGAAAUCAGCCAGAAGCGGUCCAACCUGCUCAGUCGUCGGUGGAGUGGGCGCUAGCUCGCCACGACUUUAACGGCGAGUCUGCCAACGAGCUGUCCUUCAGUCGGGGGGACCGCAUCCUCGUCACCCGCCACGUGGACGACCAGUGGAGCGCCGGGAGGCUCGACGGGAAAGAGGGAAUCUUUCCCAAGUCAUUUGUGGAGAGUUGCCAAGGAACAGGUUCGACGUCGUCGCAUCAAUUGAUGGGAAGGGCAAUGUACGAAUUUACUUCAGAUUCUGUUGAAGAGCUUUCUUUGCAGGUCGGGGACAUCAUCACCAACCUGGAGUCCAUGGAUGACGAAUGGUUCCUGGGCGAUUUAAGAGGCAAACGGGCGCUGGUGCCCAAAAACUAUGUUCAAGUGCUUUGA